AGACUCAGAGAGAGAUCGAGAGCUGAUAGAAAAAUGGGAGCAAAGAACAAUAGUUCGACGAGGAAAAUAUUUAUAUUUUAUCUGAUCCUAAUGACAUUUUCGUUUUUGGGUUUGGUCUUAAUGUUUAAACCUCUGGUGCUACUCAACCCCAUGAUCAGUUCUCCUUCGAUAAUAGAGAUUCGUUAUACUUCGCCGGCGCCAGUACUUAACCGGAACCCGAGAUGGCUCCGGCUCAUCAGGAAGCAUCUUCCAGAUAGAAAGAUCCGAGUGGGUCUCCUCAACAUCGCCGAAAACGAGCUAGAGAGCUACGAGGCAAUCGGACCAUCGAUCCUUAAGAAUGUCCACGUGAUACUUGAUCCACUUCCAAAAGAUCUGACGUGGAAGAGUUUAUUCCCGGUGUGGAUCGACGAGGAUCAUACGUGGCACACGCCAAAGUGUCCAGAGGUCCCUCUCCCUCGUAUGGAAGGUACCGAUGCUGACGUGGACGUGGUCGUUGUGAAAAUGCCGUGCGAUGGGUUUUCGGAGAGUAAAGGGUUGAGAGACGUUUUCCGGCUACAGGUUAAUCUGGCGGCAGCGAAUCUGGCGGUGGAGAGCGGGCGAAGGAACGUUGAUCGGACGGUUUACGUUGUCUUCAUCGGGUCGUGUGGGCCCAUGCAUGAGGUUUUUCGGUGUGAUGAGCGCGUGAGGCGCGUGGGGGAAUAUUGGGUGUAUAGGCCUAAUCUAGAGAAGUUGAAGCAAAAGCUUCUCAUGCCUGUUGGUUCUUGUCAGAUUGCACCGCCGGUUGCUCAACUAGAUCAAGAAGCAUGGAGGCAACACAAGAACGAAAGUCUCACAUCAUUCGGCGCACAACGUGUUGCUUACGUAACGUUACUCCACUCAUCGGAGGUCUACGUAUGCGGGGCAAUAGCCUUAGCACAAAGCAUUAGACAAUCUGGCUCGACGCAUGACAUGAUACUCCUCCACGACGACUCCGUAACCAACACAUCUCGCAUUGGCCUAAGCCUCGCCGGAUGGAAACUACGGCGAGUAGAGAGAAUCCGUAGCCCUUUUUCCCAGAAAGGUUCGUACAACGAGUGGAACUACAGUAAGCUACGUGUGUGGCAAGUAACCGAUUACGAUAAACUAGUGUUCAUAGACGCAGACUUCAUCAUCGCCAAGAAUAUUGAUUAUCUUUUCUUCUAUCCUCAACUUUCGGCCGCUGGCAACAAUAAAGUCUUGUUCAACUCCGGAGUCAUGGUUCUUGAGCCAUCAUCUUGUCUGUUCGAAGAUAUGAUGCUGAAAUCAUUCAAGAUCGAGUCUUACAACGGGGGAGACCAGGGAUUUCUGAACGAGUACUUUGUGUGGUGGCAUAGAUUAUCGAAACACGUGAACACGAUGAAGUACUUUGGUGCUGAAACCAACAGCGACAAAACACGACAUCUUCCGGAAAAUUUGGAGGGGAUACACUACUUGGGGCUAAAACCAUGGCUAUGUUACAGAGACUACGACUGUAACUGGGACUUGAAAACGAGGCGUGUGUUUGCAAGCGAGUCGGUCAAUGAGAGAUGGUGGAAAGUCUACGACAAGAUGCCGAAGAAGUUGAAAGAUUAUUGUGGUUUGAACCGUAAAAUGGAGAAGAACAUUGAGAGGUGGAGGAAAAUCGCUAAGCUCAAUGGUUUUCCUGAAAGGCAUUGGAGAAUUCAAGUAAAAGAUCCAAGGAAGAAGAAUAUUCUUAAUUAG